AUGACUGAAGUUAAAGGCGUCCAGUGCCCAGAAGGUAGGUCGUUACAGGCAUACACGCCACCUCCUCCGCCGCCUCUGGAGGAGAUCGAGAUGCACGUCUUCAUGCAUUGUGAGGGGUGCGCGAGGAAGGUAAAGAGGAGCUUGAAGGGAUUUGCAGGGGUGGAGGAUGUAAAGACGGACAGUAGGAUGCACAAGGUGGUGGUGAAGGGGAAAAAGGCGGUUGAGGAUCCGAUGAAGGUGGUGGAGCGGGUCCAAAAGAAGACCAGGAGGAAGGUCGAGCUGCUGACACCGUUGCCGCCGAUGAAGCCGGAGAAGAAAGAGGAGGAGAAGAAGGAAGAUGAGAAGCCCAAGGUGGAGGAGAAAAAGGAAGAGCCAAAAAUGAUCACGGUGGUGCUGAUAGUCCACAUGCAUUGCGAGGCCUACACACAACAGAUCAAGAAGUGA